CGACAAUAUACUUCCGAGCCACCUGUCCGGUGUAAUGGCAAGCUGCUGACAACUUGGAGUGGCAGAAAAUUUUGUAGACUGGACCAGAAGAGAAACGAGAAGCUAUGGGUCUCGACCUGCCGCCUCAUUGUGGCUUUGAGGAGCCGCAAGAAGGAAUGACGGCCUCGAAGACGGCUUAUUUAAAGAGACGAGACGAGGACGACCCCUACCAUCAAUCCUACAGCUUCAUCCUGGUACCAAGAUGUCCACCAACGCCACCACACAGCGUCACGAGACCGAAGUCAACGUGCCCCAUCUUGCCAACACGGGCACCGAAGAGGCCGCCGUCGAGGAUGGCCACAGCAAGCAUGCCAGCUUCUCGGACGACCAGUCUGAACGAAACGGGUCUGUCGAUGUCAAGGCAAAGUCGCAACAAAGGGGCGUGAGCUCCAUUGAGGCCCUUCACCGCGUCUUUGGAGGCAACAGACUUGUCAUGUGGUCCCUCUACUUCGCCAUCUUUGCCGUCAUUGUCGCCUCGACCAUCGACACAUCGACGACAUACUCCUACCAGCCCAUCGUUGCAAGCAUCUACCAGGACCAUGCCACGCUCCUGGGUGUCAUUGGCACAGCGACGGCCAUCUUGACGGCGGUGUCGCAGCCUUUCAUUGCCAAGAUCUGCGACGUCUUUUCGCGCCAGGCCGCUUUCACCUUUGUCAUUGCCUGCAACGUCCUCGGGUACAUCAUCAUUGCCGGCACCAACACCGUCGCGGGCUACGCCGUGGGCAGCGUUAUCGCAGCUGUCGGCACGGGUGGCGUCAGCCUCGUGUCAAGCAUCCUCCUUGCCGACCUCUCGCCGCUGGAGUGGCGAGGCUUCGCCCUGGGCAUGGCUGCUGCCCCUUACAUUGCCUUUACUUUUCUCGGUGCCAAGAUUUCGACGUCCAUCAUCGCGUCCAACCAGUGGCGCUGGGGCUAUGGCAUGUUUGCCAUCAUCCAUCCUGUCUGCGUCCUGCCCGUUGUUGCAAUCCUCAUCUGGGCCCAGCGCCGCGCUAGGAGGUCUGAUGACCUCAAGUAUGCGACGGCUGCCACUGCUGAGAGGCAGAGCCUGGUCGAUGUUGUCCGGAUCUUCUUCGUCGACAUUGACGGUCUCGGUCUCGUCCUCCUUGCCUUUGCCUGGUGCCUCAUCCUGCUCCCCUUCAGCCUCGAGGCUGGCGCCGAAAAGGGCUGGAAGAAUCCCUCGAUGAUCGCCAUGCUCGUUUGCGGUAUCAUCAUCCUCUUCCUCUUUGCUGCCUGGGAGUACUUCGGCGCAUCGAUGCCCCUCGUCAACCGCCGCAUUGCCGCCAACAAGGUCUUUCUCUUGGGUGCCAGCCUUGACUUCCUCUACUACCUCAGUGGCUACCUGCGCGACUACUACUACCCCUCGUACACGUACAUUGCCACCAACUGGACGCUGCAGGGGUGGACCUACUGGAACCAGAUUACGACUGUCGGUCUGUGUUUCUUUGGCCUCGUCGUAGGCAUUUUGAUGCGUGUGACGCACCGCUACAAGUACAUUCAGCUCGGCGGUAUCGUCAUUCGCACCAUCUGCGUCGGCCUCACCAUCUGGGCCACGGGUUCAAACGCCACGACAGCGGCCCUCGUCUCGAUCCAGAUCUUCAACGCCCUCGGCUGCUCGUGCUCGGUCAUGGGCACCCAGAUUGCCACGCAGGGCUCGGUGCCCCACCAGGACCUGGCCCAGAUGAUCGCACAGCUGUCGCUCUGGACGCGUCUGGGCGGCGCCAUUGGCACCUCGGUGGCUGCCAAUGUCUGGACCAACAACAUGCCCGUCAACAUGGCUAAGGAGGGCGUGCCCGAGGAGCUGAUACCGACGCUCUACGGCAGCAUUACCUCGAUCAAGGACACCUAUUCGUUCGACGAUCCGAUCCGCCAGGCCGCCAUUCGAGCCUACGACUCCACUGUCCGGCCCAUGUUCAUUGCAGCCACCGUCUUUACGGCGUUGACCUUCUUCUGUGCUCUCUUCAUGCCCGACUUCUACCUCGGCAAGAGUCACAACAAGAUCGAAGGAACCGACGUGCGCGGCAACAAGGUCGAAGACGUGGCUUCUGACCCCACGGCUGACCCCAUGGACGUGACUCUGGGUGCGCCUUCUAAGCCUUCGGCGUGGAAGAAGUUCGUCGGCUAGUCGCUGAAAAAUUAGGCCGUCAAGGUCUUCAGAUUCUCCUUAUCACCUCUCCUGCUUGUUUCUUCUCUUCUUUUUCGGGCCCUUCUCUUGUUU